AUGGAGAAGUUCGAAGUAUCAGACACAAUGCAUCAAGGCUCCGAAGGGAGUGGUUCAGCCACACCUGUCGACAUCGAAUCACUUACAAGCAAAGAGCACUCCGAUGGCUCACUCACGGGCGUUGAGCCCGUGGCCUUGACCGUGAAACAUUUCUUGGCUCUCGGCAAUGGUCAAGAAAAUGACCCACAAUCAUCAAGAAUCGUCAUGAAUAAUGUCACAGUUGAAGGCAGUGGCACAGGUGCCCUUCCAGCCCCUAGUAUGGUGACAGAAGCGAAAUCGGCCUUUGGUCUUCUGGAGCCGAUCACAAAUAGAUUGCAUCGCCCGUCAACUCGGCCUAUUCUGAGGGACUUUUCCGCUGCCAUUCAGCCAGGGGAGAUGAUCCUGGUCAUUGGAAAGCCUGGAAGCGGCUGUACCACCUUUUUGAAGACCCUUGCUGGCAUGUGGGACGAGUACCAUGACGUCCAAGGUAGCUUGGCUGUCGGAGGACAGCCCAUGAAGUCGGUGAUUGAAAACAAUCCUCAGGAUAUUGUAUUUUGCGGCGAGUCGGAUGACCACUUCCCUACUUUGACCGUUUUCGAGACCCUGCGCUUUGCAGUUAGGGCUCGCUGUGGGACCAAGCCCUCCAAUGCAGAGAUUGAGCAGAGGGUCAGGUACCUAGCCCAACUGGUUGGACUGACUAAGGUGUUGAACACCAAAGUGGGUGACGCCUAUGUUCGUGGCGUCAGUGGAGGUGAGAGGCGACGUGUCUCGCUGGCCGAGGCAUUGGCGACAUGUGCACGACUCAUUUGCUUGGACAACCCAACCAACGGCUUGGACUCCUCGACCGCGCUCGAGUUCAUGGAGAUGAUGCGCGAGUGGACUCAGCAAUCUCAGUGUGUGACUGCCAUGAGUGUCUACCAAGGCAGUGAUGCCAUUGUUCCAUACUUUGACAAGGUUGUUGUCAUCAAUGCAGGACGCCAGAUCUUCUAUGGUACCAUCCAAGAAGCCAAGUCACACUUCCUGAAUCUCGGUUUCGAGUGCUCGCCUGCCACCACCACCACCGACUUUUUGAACUCCAUGUCUGCCGACCCUGAGGUCCGCCGUGUACACGACGCCUACCAAAGCCGCGCACCUCGCACACCCGAUGACUUCCAGCAGGAGUUCCAACGCAGUGUUCACUUCCAAGAGCUUCAGUCAGCCGUGAAGAGAGCCAACUCUCUGCCCGCCGUUGCCCGCCUCACAAAGUCCGCUCAAUAUGCUUUACCACUUUACCAACAGAUUGCCUACUGCACGAUGCGCCAAGUUCGCAUCAUUCAGCACAACUACAGCAGCUUGCUCGUCGAAGCUCUCUGUAUCGUUGUUCAAAGCUUGAUCUUGGGAACAUUGUUCCGAAACCAAAAGCAAAACACUGGCUCUCUGUUUAUCUUCGCAUCUGCCCUCUUUUACUCGGUUCUGGUUCCAGCGUUGCAGGCAAUGGCAGAGUUCCGCAGUACUUUUGAUCAACGACCUCUUAUUCUCAAGCACAAGCGAUACCGGCUCUACCGACCCAUGGCCUAUGGCUUCGGAUUGAUCUCUGUGGACGUUGUCUGGAAGAUCCUCGUCAUUUUCUGGAAUAUCCCACUGUAUUUCUUGACCGGCUUCCAGAUGAAUGCCGCCAACUUCUUCACUUGGUUUGUCGUGGUAUACAUCGAGCACUUGGCCUUGUCCAUGUUCUUCCGCUCGGUCGCAGUGUUCUCAUCGAAUAUGUACCGUGCAGUGCUACCAGUUGGAAUCUUCUUCAACAUGUACGUUCUGUACACGGGUCUGUAUGUGCCAGUACCUCAGAUGCAGGUGUGGCUUGGCUGGUUGAGAUACUUGAAUGUAAGUCUCCUAUCCGAACUGUCAACAAAACAUCUCACUAACAUAUAUCAUCAGCCACUUUACUACGCUUUCGAGUCUGUCAUGAUCAAUGAAUUCGCCAACUUGAGCUACGAGUGCAGCUUGUCCGAUCUAGUUCCAUCCGGACCUGACUUUACCGACAUCGCCAAUCAAGUCUGUGUCGUGGUAGGCUCUGAGCCUGGUCAGCGACUUGUGUCCGGAAUGGCUUACAUCAAGGCACAAUAUGGAUUUGAACAAGCCAACCUUUGGCGCAACCUGGGCAUCAACAUCGCUAUAUUCAUUUUCUUUGGCUUGGCUUCAGCUAUUGGAAUGGAACGUUUGAAGCAACCUGCAGGCCGCCUUGCAACUAUCUUCUACCGUGGCUUGAACCCCAACACAUCUUCUAACCUUCCAGGAUCCAAAUCAUCCGACCAAGAGAGUGGUACAGUGGAUCUCGAUGUCCCUCCCAUGCAGAGUGAAGCCCCAGUUCGCAGCCGUGCCGCCAUCGAACACAAGUCCCGCAGCUUGACUUGGACAGGACUCAGUUUCGAUGUGAAGACCAAGGAGGGUGAGAAGCGCCUUCUUUCCAGCUUGAACGGUUCGGUAUACAGCGGUCAAAUGAAGGCCCUGAUGGGUGUAUCUGGUGCUGGAAAGACCACGCUGCUCAACGCUUUGGCAGGUCGAUCAAAGGGUACAUUGACAGGAAAGCUGGAACUCAACGGACAGGUCCUGCCAAAGUCAUUCAACCGGCACAUGGGGUAUGUACAACAGCAGGAUAUCCACCUUCCCAGUCAAAGUGUGCGGGAAGCAUUGCAAAUGACAGCUCGAUUGCGCCAAUCUCAAGAUGUCUCACUGGAAGAGAAGGACGCCUACGUCGAAGAGGUAAUUCGUGCGCUGGACAUGGAGUCGAUUGCAGACGCCCUGAUCGGAACCCCUGGGGCUGGCCUCAACUUGGAACAACGCAAGAAGGUCAGCAUCGGUGUGGAAAUGGCUCCGAAGCCGGACAUUCUUUUCUUGGACGAGCCCACUUCUGGCCUCGAUGGACAAUCCGCUUACUCCAUUGUUCGAUUGUUGCGAAGACUCGCAGACUCUGGCCAAGCGAUCAUCUGCACCAUCCACCAGCCUGCCGCGGAACUACUCUCAACAUUCGACGAGCUCUACUUGCUGACCCGAGGUGGACAUGUGGUUUACGACGGUCCUUUGGGCGUUGACUGCCAAAAGGCUGUCGCUCACUUUGCCCCCCAUGCACGCCCAUGCCGCGAGGGAGAGAACCCCGCUGAGUAUCUCUUGGAGGUGAUUGGUGCUGGCACCCGUUCCGACGUCCAGACAGACUGGGUGGAUAUCUGGAAGCAAAGUUGCGACAGCAAGUCAGGCAACCAAGAUGCACAUGCACCAUCCGAGGCUGACGGCAUGGCUGUUGGUGGACCUCAAACAACGGUGUCACUCUACGCGGCUCCAUACCAUUACCAAUUGCUGGUGCUACUCAAGCGAACUUGGCUAUACUACUGGCGGGAGCCAGAUUAUGCUCGCGCCAAGUUGUGGCUGAAUGCAGGCAACGCAUUGCUGAACGGACUGACGUAUCUGGCCUCGCCAUCGACUCAGCGAGGUGCCUACAAUCGUGUCUUCUCGGCCUUUAUGUCCCUGAUUGUGGGUCCGCCCCUCGGUCUGCAAGUUCAGCCCCGAUUUGUGACAUUGCGCGAUAUCUUCGAACACCGAGAACGCGAGAGUCAGACUUAUCACUGGACGGCAUUCAGUUUCUCUGCAAUUUUGGUUGAGCUCCCUUAUGCUUUCUUCACCGCACUCGUCUACUGGUUGCUAUGGUACUUCCCCGUGGGCUACUUCCGCGACUCGGAUCAUGCAGGCUACAGUUUCCUGAUGUACCAAUUAUUCUCCGUGUUUGCCACUAGCUUGGCUCAGCUGUGUGCCUCGCUUAUGCCCACUGUGGAGGCCGCUCUUUCCGCCAAUGGCUUCUUCUUCAUGUUCUGCAACACUUUCGCCGGUACCUUAUCUCCCGCGCCAGUGACACCGGCUGGAUGGAGCUGGUAUUACAAGGUCUCCCCCCCUCUUUUACUGGAGCGAGGGUGUCGUGACAGACGUCCUGCGGGAUCUACCCCUCCGUUGCACCGAUUCGGAGGUUACGCGACAUCCUUCCUUCAGAAUGCGACAGGGUACUUGGUCAACCCAGACAGUUUUGAAAACUGUCAAUACUGUCCGUACAAGGACGGUCAAUCCUAUUACACACAAUAUGACUACAGCUACAGCAAUCGCGGUCGUAACGUUGGUGUCUUCAUCGGCUUCAUUGCCUUCAACUUCACCAUGGUCCUGGUCUUUACCUAUUUGAUUCGGGUCCGCCGCCGCUGA